CCGUCAUCGUCAUUUCGAAAACAACCUCCGUCGAGAGCGGUUCGUGUCUGUACUCUGGUUACCCGAUGCUUCACGCGGUUCGUUUUCUCUGGACUGAUUUUUAUUAUUCCUGGAAUAAUAAAUAAGUGUUUUGCUCGCUUCUUGCGAAGUGUUAGAACCCGCGAACAGUGUGUUAAUGUGAUAUGAGAAGAAAAAGUUCAAUUUAGCGGAAUUUUCCUUUGUACGCUGGAAUCUUGUAAACACAGAACGUUGUCUCCGUUGAUGAUUAGUCAACGACUCGACGGCGCGGCGAUAAUAGUGGUGAGCUCGAUCCAUCAAAUUUUUGGAUUGUUUUGAUUUACAAGGCGCGACAAGUGGCAGUGACUAUCCCGCCUCUGACUGGAACACGUGCAUGAUUCAUAUUCUCGGGCCUUGCGCUCGCUCGGGUCCUGUGCAUUGCGCUCGUCAAGUUCGAACGAGGGGUAAACGUGAGAACGUCAACGGAGAUAAAGCGGCGCCUCCCACCUGGGCUGCAUCACCUCCCGCAAUCCGAGCAGGCGGUGUGCGCGCUCGUUUGUGGUUUUGUUUUUUUUCUUGUUUUGCGUUUAUCAGUCUGAUGCCUACCUAAUUUCAAGUGCAAUUUGUGCGAAGGUUGCCACUGUGAGAAACGCUUCGGUGGAAGAAAAAUAAUUUCCAUUGUUCAAACAAUCGGCCAUCGGUGGAAAAAACAUUGAAUCACACACACACAAACAUACACACUCUGGGGGAAUUCGAUUCCGAAUCGGAAAAAAGGUCGAGUGUUUUCCCAACAAUCAUCAUAAUCAUCAAACAGUCGACGACGAGUGCGAGAGAAAUAGCGCCGAGGUGGGCAAAAUAUUUUCGAAAAACCCCCUCUUCUGUGAAUAACGUGAAUGAUCACCGUCUCGAGAAUCAGAUUCAAUCGAUAAGACAAAAAAUCGGGUCAGAACCGAAGAUUCAUCGCAUUGAUAGUGAACUAGUAGGCGGCGAAGAGAGAGAUAGAAAGAGAGGAAGGAAGUGUGUUGUACUUUUUCUGGAGCAAAGUUCGUGUGACGGACGUCCAUUGAAAACAAAGUAGGCUAGACGCGCGUCACGGGUUCGGUUUGUCUCUCGUGAAAAUAUCAACCAGACAGAACAUCCGUACGCUGAUAAGCGAGUGAGUAAAUUAGUGAGUGAGUGAGUGAGUGGGAUUUGGCCGUCAAAAAACAAUCGAGCGGCUGAGAACAGACAUCCAAAAGCGAAUCGGGGAAAAACAGCUCAGCACGUGGGCCGGAAAAUUUCGGAUCUAAAUAUUUCAAUGUCGUUGUAGUUCGGCGAGUCCAAUUCAAACGCCUGCACAUGCUUUAACCGGCUGCCAUACAGAAUUCGCCAUCAACUGCAGACAGAAUCGCCCACUGCUACACGCAAACGCCAUAACAUCCAAAACAAAAACCGCACAAUGCUACCGCAGCAGUAUUGCCUCCGGUGGAAGUACCACCACAGCAAUCUCCAGACCAUGUUCUCGCAGCUGCUGGACCGGGGCUGCUUCUGCGACGUGACCCUGGCCUGCGAAGGUCAAACGAUCCGUGCCCACCGGGUGGUCCUGUGCGCCUGUAGUACGUACUUCGAUCAGCUGCUGACCAACUGCAGCACCGAGAAGGACCCGAUCAUCAUCAUGCGCGAUGCCAAGUUCGAGGACAUCCGGUGUCUGAUCGAGUUCAUGUACAAGGGCGAGAUCAACGUGGAGCACGGCGCGUUGGCGUCGCUGCUCAAAACGGCCGAAGAGCUGCGGAUCAAGGGCCUGGCGGAGGUUUCCUGGCGGGACGACGAAAGCGGCAGCACCACCGGCAGUGAUGCCAGCAAUAACAACAACAGCGUGACGGUAAAGAAUGGCAACAGUGCGAGCAGUAAUAACAACAAUAAUAACAGUAUUAAGAUCGUGGAAACGAAGAAGCUGAUGGCUCCGCAGCUGGGAGGUGGAUCGUCGUUAACGCCGCUGACAGUGAGCAGUCUGGAGCAGCGUAUUUCCGAUUCUCCGAACUUGCCACUGUUGGCGCCGUUAGCGGCGGGGUCCCCGAGAAACCCAGCGAGCUGCGCUUCGCCCAUAAACUACUUCGGGAAUAAAAAGAAACGAGGUCGUCCUCCGCUAGACGAGGAGUACGACACGUUUCAGCAGCUCCCGAAGAUAUCUCACGUCGAAGGCGGUCCGGGAAGUUCGACUCCUUUUACGUCCAGCUCUCAGCUGGUGGCAGUAAUGAUGGACGAUAGUUCGAACGAUCAAGGUCGCGAUGAACAGUCCCAUUCGCAUCAACACCAACAACACCCUUCAGCUGCCACGUCCUACCUGGAGCAACAAAGUCGGACGAUUCCACCGGAGACGCUGCACGAGAUGGAGUUCGACGAAGAUACGCAUUUAGCGCGGAAGAUGAUCCCAAAGUUGGAACGACCGGACACCCCUCAGGACUACAUGACCACCGUUGGACCCAAGUUCGAGUUCGACGAGCAGUCUCCGCCCAGUCCGAACGAUCACAACCAGUCCGUGUUUCUGACUCCGCAGGAGCAGGAAGAGUGGAAGGACGUGAUCAAGAUGAACGACUACCUGACCAAGGGCCGGCGGCCGCAGUUCUGGGAGGAGCCUUUCACGAAGCGAGUCAUGGACGGCAUCAAGAACAAAACGCUGGAGAUGAAAAAGGCAGCCAAACUGCUGGGCGUUUCGUACGGGACGCUGUACGGGCGAUACCGGGAGACGUACGGCUGCCUUAAGCAUCCGUAUCGGGGUCCAUUCAUGGCGGCGUCUCGGAUGAGCAACAUGUGGCCCACGCCAAAUGAUGCCGGAGUUGCGACCACUACGGACAUAAUCAACAUGCUGCAGCGAGGUAUCAUCAGCUUGCCGCGGGCGGCCGAACUGAUGCACACGACUCCAUCCACCAUCACCAGCUACCUGGAGCAACUGCAGGAAGCGGCCGCUUCCCAACCGGAUCCAGAUCAGCUGACGGCACUGGCGGCAGCGGCGGCGGCAGCAGCAGCCGCCUCAGCCAGCUCCGACGAUGAUCGAUCGCCUCACCAUCACCUGCAGCACCACCACCAGCACUCGCAGCAGAUUCCCUCGGCCUUAUCCAUGAUGACACCGCAGAUCGAGCAGCAGCUCCGUGUCAAACCGGAGAUCAGUAUAUCCGCCCUGAAGAAGUCCUCUCCGAGCUCUAGCUCGGCAACGGUUUCGUCUCCGUCGGGAUCCUCACUGGCGUCCGCAAUGCCCACCUCGUCCGGAUCGAUCUUCUCGACGUCCGGCACCGAUGGCGGCAGCAGUAGUAGCCUAAGUAACGCCCUCAAUGCCAUCCCGUCUACUUCUGCGGCUGCACAACUGUCCACCAAUACCUAAACCGCACGAUCGGCUGGUUGCUAUCAAAUCUAGCUCGCCAUAAAUGUUUUAUAGCAAAGUGACAGUUGCGCGGGGCGAUCUAGUAAAUGUGAUUAGUUCUUUUGUUUAGGUAAUUGUUUGGUUCCAAGUUUCGUUCAGAAUGAAACUUUGUUCGCUCGAUAGCAGAAAUAUUUGCAAUCUGUAUACUACAAACACAACUAGGUUACAAGUUCCAUAUUUGUCCGUAAAGGUAAGCUUUUAACUCGUAGAGAGAAUCCACAUUCGUACUUUUUCGACUUAGGUUUAGGGAAACGGUGCUUUCUUAUGUUAUUUCACUUUUCUGUCAUAUCCACUAUUAUCAUUUAGAGAAGUUUUCGUUUUAUAGCAGCCAAAUUGCCAUUUGUCUCUCGUGUCUCGAGAUUGAGAAAUUGUACGCGCGAGUCUGCCAUUCGACUACUAUGCUGCUACUACCGACGGAAUUCAUUCAAAGCAAAGAAAAAUCAAGUAGAAGCUCCUUGAGUAGCCAAAUUCGUUUAUGUUUCGUUAUUAUCGUUUAUAUCGUUUUAGUUUCCUAGCUUUAUUCUAGUAGAUAGGAAAACAAGUAAGAGAGGGGGAUUUUUGUCCAAAAGUGACUGAACUUGUGGUGGUGAUACAUUUUCCGUGUACAUUCCUGAUACAAAAAUAUACACAAAAUCUUAAUGGUGUGACUCGUACGUCAAAAUUCUAAAUCUGUUGUACAUAAACGAUAAAAUUUAUUUAACUAUUAAACUCCUAUGUAAGUCCACAAAACGUAUUUAAAUAGUGUACAUUGUUGUAUCAUGUCGUCUCUCUUUCUCGACUUCAUUUCCAUAUAGGUGUACAAUCAAAACAAUCGUUAUCAAAUAAAAACAAAACACUUAGAAACAAAUCUGCAAACAAAGUGGUAUUUUUAUUUUUCAUAACAUUAGAAGAACUAGGGUUAAGUAUUGAAAAAAGCAAAACUGAUAGAAGCCGAACGAUUCUCUUAUAUUGUGAAACACAACUCUAAAUAGGAAAGUUCUUAUUUUGUUUUAAUUUAUUUUUCCAUAAACAAAACUGAAAAAAAAAUAUAUUCAUCAGAAUGUGCAAUCAUUUAUUAUAUAUUUAAAGACAAGCAAACAAUCUUAAUAGAUUAAAGUGAUGGCUGCAGAGAACACUAUUAAAGUAAUCAACUAUAGGAAUUAUUCCGGAUACCCAUACACAGAAACCCAUGCAGUAAAAAAAAACACAAAACAGAAAACGAAGUAAGAUAAUUACCGAUAUAUAAAGCAAACACACACACACAUACAUACACACAAAGCAAGAGAAUAACUAUGCGUAAAAAAAGACAAGAGAAAAUGUGCCUAUAUGGUUUCCUAUAAAUUUAAAAGUACUAUAAAAAAUGAGAGUAAAAUCCGGAAGGAAAAAAAAACGAAAAUCAACAAGCGCAAUUCUUUGCGUGCAAACCCUACACUGGAAGAAAUUGAGUUGGUAUUUUCGUGUUGAUAUCUGCUAGAUUAUAUGGAAACCCACACAUA